AUGUCCAAAAAGAUCAGAAACCAGUGCUAUUGUCCUUUAUAUAUGUUGGUCAUUGCAGAUCCUUGGAUUUGCCUUCUCAGAGGUAUCUAUAUCGACAAAGUAAUAAUAGAACCACUAACGGACUUCAUUUCUCUUAUACCUAAACUGGGAGAUGAUAGUCAAGUGAGCCAAAUUGCUCAAUUCCUAGCGGCUCUGAAUUUUGCUAUGAACAGGCUCAACAAUUAUUAUCAAAAUUUGCAAUUAAAUAAUGAUGGCCCAAAUGAUCAGCAUUAUUUCCCCUAUUUUUCAACUUAUCAAGACAAGAAUAACAAUCGAAUCAGGUUCAAAUAUAUCCAUCCGCUGACCGAGGACUUUCAAAGACCUAUUUGGAAGGCUAAAGCUAACAACCAUUCAAUUGUCAUCAAGUUUGCUCGAAGAUAUAGUGUAAAGGCACACAAUAUAUGCGCUGAGCUAAGACUUGCUCCAAACUUGUUAUACAGUAAAAACCCUCAAAACAGAUUCAUGAUUAUUGUUAUGGAUUAUGUUGAUGGAGAUCAAUUAACAACACAAAAAAUCAACACUAUGUCACAUAACAUUGCAAAAUCGUCAUGA